UAUGUCAGCUCUUCAACUUGGAAAGUCUUUAAAGUUAUGGUUUUCGCAAGAUGAUAUAUUUAUAAUAAUAUAAUAUAGUAAUAAGUUUAUAAAUAUUCUGACUAAAGUUUUUGAAUGUUGUUAGUGUUUAUAGAGGGUUAAUAAUUCAUCUUGUGACAAGUAAAUGUGACACUGUGACUCGACCGAUUGACGUCGGUCAUACGUUCCAGUUCCAAUGAAAUUAAGAAUGAUAUUCAAGUUUGGAGUUACGGUGAUAGUUGUUGUGGCAGUUAUUAUUUACUUUUUGAUAGAAACUAAAAAUGAAAGUAGAAAACCACACAAUAACAUUGAUUUAGAUAAACUGGCCAAAGAUGAAUAUAGAGGAGAUGUCAUUAAUAACAAACCUCAUGAAGUUGUUCAAAAUGACCAUAUUCAUGAUACUGUUCAAAAUUUAAAUAAAAAACAUGCAGAAACUGUAGAUAAAAAGUUGGAAAUCCUUUCAAAAAAUGAAAAUAACAAAGAUGCAAACUAUAUAGUCCCCAAAGAAAAAGAAGUUAAAAUAAAUGACAACAUCAUACAAGAAGGUAGUAAUUAUAAGCCUAAAAAAACUAAUGAGUUUAGAAUCAAACCAGUCUUUUCAUCAACAGAUCAAAUGAAAGCAGGAGGUAUACAUCUUUCUGUCGUAGCUUGUGGAGAUCGCUUUGAAGAAACUGUGAUUGUUCUAAAAUCUGCAGUGUUAUUAACGUCAUCGCAUUUACAAUUCCAUAUUUUUUGUGAAAAAGAUAUCCAGUUUAAAUUUAAAGAUCAGUUAGAAUUUUGGCCUGAAAAGUACAGAUCAAAGAUUGAUUAUUAUAUUUAUGAUAUAACAUUUCCACCAGGAGAAAAUACAGAGGAGUGGAAAACAUUGUUUAAACCAUGUGCUUCCCAGAGAAUGUUUAUUCCAGAUUUGUUGACAGAAGUAGAUUCUCUCCUUUAUGUUGACACUGAUGUUCUGUUUCUGUCUCCAAUUGAAGAAAUUUAUAGUUUCUUUUCUAAAUUUAAUGCAACACAGUUAGCUGCCCUUGCUCCUGAACAUGAAGAUAGAGCCACAGGAUGGUACAAUCGCUUUGCCAGACAUCCUUAUUAUGGCUUGUUAGGGGUCAACUCUGGGGUCAUGUUAAUGAAUUUAACCCGGAUCAGACAAAGUAAUUGGUUGCAUGAUCUAAUAGAAUAUUAUAAACAAUAUAAAAUGCAAAUCACUUGGGGUGACCAAGAUCUCAUUAAUAUAUACUUUCAUUAUCAUCCACAAGAAUUAUUUAUUUAUCCAUGUGAAUGGAACUAUAGACCCGAUCAUUGUAUGUAUAUGAGUGUAUGUAAAGGGAUUGAUAUACAUGGGGUUUAUCUCUUACACGGAAGUCGACGUGUGAUGCACAACGAAAAACAACCAGCUUUCAAAGCUGUUUACAAAGCAUUUCUAGAUCAUAAAUUUUCUUCCACUAUUGAAUAUGGAUUACUUGUUCAUUUAAAGAGACUUUUAAAAGACACUAUGGCGACAAAUUGUGGUAAACUAUCAUCUAUAUUUACGAAGCAACUUGAAAAAUAUUGUGAAAAUAUAGAAAGGAAACUGAACAACUGAUCAAAUUGUUGUUAAAUAUUAAUGUUAUAUGAGGGAAUGGUUUUGAAGGAUUUUUAAUUUUAAAAGGAUGUGGGUUCUUUCCUCAUUGGAUGCCAAGGUUAGGAUAAUUUUGUUUUUAGUUGAAAGUAUGACCCAAAAACUAAACUUAAAUUAGUGAAAUGUUCUGGUAGAUAACCAUAGCUGAUAUUUCCAUGUGUACAGAUUAAUAUUGUUAAUUAAUGUUAUUUUCAUAUUCUAUAAUUAUUACCAAAACUAGUCACUUAGGUUUCUUUAAUAACUCACCUCUUGUUAGAGAACCUAAAUUUGUAAACAGAUUUGAAUUUAUUUGUUUUGAUCAUUGGCUAACACUUCAGAUCAAACAAGAUAUUAAACAUACAUUAUGCAAGAGCUAAAUCUGUCUAUUGCAGGUCUUUAUGCCAGAAAGUUAUGUAAUUAUUAAUUAGACAUACAUGUAUAUUAACCUAUUCAAACCAUAAUCAACUCUAGAUGGCAUCGCUAGCAUGCGAUCUUUAGUGAAUUAUGAGCCGAUUUACUGCAUAACUUUCCUUCAUGAUUUAACGAUUAAAUGGAUACUGUUUAUCGUACUGACUUUAGUAAUGAAGAUCGAGUCUAGGCGGAAAUUUCAAUCGCUUAGUUCUCAGUUCAUAGUUAAGUUUUUAACUAUUAUAGUGAGAACUACUAACUCGUUAUCGAAUCUCCAAUAAUGUAUCUUUAAUAUAUUAUAGCAUUUAAAGUGUGACACAACAUACAUUAUUACAAUUAUGGCAUCCAAUAGCUACAGUGAUUCUGACAACAAAUAGCUACACAUCUAGAGAGAAUCUGCUUAAUAAGCCCUACCCAACUUUUUUCCGGCGUGGUUCCCCCUUGUCAGUGAUGCAGGACGGAGGGCCUGACAAGGACAACUGUCUAGCCCUUCAGAUGAGACGAAAAACCGAGGUCCCGUGUAUACAUUGGAAUGCAUGUAAAAGAUCCCUUGGCUGUUGGAAUUCGAUAUAAGAGUAGGCGAUAGUGCCGCUGCCCGGGCAAAAUAUCCCUCAUAGCACACUGUAUGGCAUAUAACUGUCUUCAUUAGCCCAGCAUUGAGCAGAACAGUAGGACGUUAAACCCCAUUUCACUUCAUUUCAUUUACUACCCAACUUGACUCCAUGCUUUGCACAGUUGUGAAGCGUUAAACAUGUUUGGUUAAAACAUUUAUUAACUCCCCUGGUACUUCACUGGUCAAUCAAUGCAUAGGUGAUUAGCUAUGAAGCAAUUAGUUUAGUAUAAUAAGGUUCACAUAAUAUUUCUUUUGAUAAAAAUAAAGUGUAUGUAAAAAAUAUGAUAUUUCCCCUCUUUAUUGUAACUAUCUGACUUACCGUUAAUCAAAAUUAGUCCUAUUUAUUGGAUAAAUGCACAUAUAGUAAACACAUAAAAAUGACAUGCGCUUAAAGGUGUUUAAUUUAAUCUAUUCAUAAUUAAUCGAGAUAUAUUAGAUUUUCCCACAGGGUAUAUAUAUGACAUCACAGCGGUCAAAUGUUUAUUGAAUUAUGUUCUGCUCUACACCAAUAUACAUUACAUUAUACAAAAACUAGCUGGUGUAAUGUGUACCAGUUUUAAAAGGUUUGGUUCUUUAUUCAAAUGUUGAGCUGGGCGAUAUUUCUGAUUUUCGAACAUACUCCGAUAUGUCCCGGUUUUCAUUUUUCUGGAUGAUAUGUAGCGUAAAUAUUCAAAACUGGUUUUGUUUUUAUGUUAUUUAACAUAUUUUACUACUUAAUGAUGAAUAAAUAGUCAUAAAUAAUGUUAAAAACUCCAGGGAAUUCAUUCCAUGACGUUUUCAAACACUGCAGUUCACCACCUGAAUGGUAACAAGAUAUAACAAUGAAAGAUACAAAAACCUCAUUCUGCACAACGAGGAUCUACUUGAAGAAAUAAAAUAACCGUACUAAAAUCUCGAAAAAUAACGGCAAGUAGGAGUGAAGUAGCGCCUAUGGGUUGGAUAGGUUAAAUCUACUUGUUAAGGCCAGAUCAAUUUUCGUCAUGGUCGCUGAGAUGUAAAUAAUGUGUGAUUAUUGGCGAGAUUGUAGGUUAGGGUUAGGGUAAG